AUGUCUUUCUGGAGCCGUCCUCGCAACCUGGUCAUCCUCGGUGGUGUCCUUGUCGGUGCUGCUUUCAUCCCUACUCCCGGCUCUAAGACCUCGUACGCGUUCUCUCCUCUUCCCUUUGCCCAAUGCCUCACACCCAGAACCCAAGGCACANAAAACAUCGGCGCCCGCUGGUCAGCAGGCGGCGGUUCAGACGUCCACACUCCUGGCGCCGCUACCCCUCGCGGAAACAUCGAGAACACACAAGAGAACCAGACCAACGCCUCAGGCAUCCGCAGCGAACACUUCCAGGAGAAUCAAAUCUCCCAGCGCCCUGGCGAGCCCGGUACUUUCGACAAGGCCUGGAACAAGGCUCACUACGGCACCGAGAAGGGCAAAUAG